UAAAAUGACUUUUUGUUGCUUAUGAAUUUGAUGGAUUGAGCUCGGUUAUUAAUGUUAUUUAGAGGGAAGUGAUUAAUGUUUUCUGCACUAAUAUUGUUGUUUCUGGUGUUUUUAUGAUCUAUCACAGACAGUCAACACAUUGAAAAAACUAUGAUAGCUUAUAAAUAACUGAACAUUCUUUGUUUCUCCAUCAAGUGAAAUGGACCGUUUGACACUGUUUUCUUUCAUUUGCAUCAGGAGGAGUUUUCCAAAAGUUUCCUGACAUGAAUCCUGCCGUUCAAGUUUUGAAUUCCGUUGCCCAAUGGUCUCCUGCAAGGGAGCGAGCUGGACUGUGUCAAAGCCUGCACAAUAAUUCCACCUAGCCACCGGGAGCUCUGCUUGGGAGGAAACAUGCAUUACACAAGAAGGAAGAGACUGCAGAUGAGCCGGGUCUUGUUUCUCCUCUCUGGAGUUUUCCUCUGCACCCUCUACCAGCUGAGCAUCAGUGCUCAGCUGUAUGAGCCUCUGCCUCAGGUUGGCGUGAACGUGGAAGGUUCAGCAGAGGGUGUUCAGGAGGCGACGUUGAAGCCAGACGUGCAGACAACGCCUCCCACCACACACGGGUUGGAGCCCACAGAUGAGAAGACGACAGAGAUGGACGUGACAUCCCACACACAGAAGGCCAUGAACACGUAUGUUACCACAGAAACAACUAUGGAGUCCGAAGGAUCCACCCCUACUGAAUCACCCGCCUCGCCAGCGACAAACCGGACGAUGGUGAACUGCAUCUACGUGGCCCCUGAACCCCCAGCAGAGAAGACUACCCCAGCUCCAGCUCCUGUUACCACCGUUCCUCCAGCUUCGCCCGGAGAAGCUCCACAUGUGAAGGGCGACUACCCAGAAGACAUCUUCUCAAUCGAAGACCGCAGAAGAGGAUGGGUGAUCCUCCACAUCUUGGGGAUGGUUUACAUGUUCGUGUCUCUUGCGAUCGUCUGCGAUGAGUUCUUCGUGCCUGCGCUCGGUGUGAUCACUGACAAGUUAGAAAUCUCCGAUGACGUAGCAGGAGCCACCUUCAUGGCGGCCGGAGGCUCGGCCCCGGAGCUUUUCACCUCUCUGAUAGGGGUCUUCAUCGCGCACAGCAACGUGGGGAUCGGCACCAUCGUAGGCUCGGCCGUCUUUAACAUUUUGUUUGUGAUUGGGAUGUGCGCCUUGUUUUCUCGGGAGGUGCUUCAUCUCACCUGGUGGCCACUUUUUAGAGAUGUGUCAUUUUACAUUCUUGACCUCGUCUUACUGAUAAUCUUCUUCUUGGAUAACGUCAUACUGUGGUGGGAGAGCGUGAUGCUGGUGGCCUGUUACUCUCUCUAUGUGGUGUUCAUGAAGUUUAAUGUACAGCUGGAACGUGCUUUCAAGACGCAACUGCACAAACACAAGAGGAUUGUGAAAGUUAUUGCAGUGGAAGAACCAGAAAAGACAAAUGGAAACGGUGAAGAGAUUCCCCCUCCCGCUCCAGAGGACAAGAAUCGUUUAAAGUUGAAGCCAUCCCUUCAGCGAGGGGGCAGUUCAGCCUCCUUGCACAACAGCACCAUGAGAAAUACCAUCUUCCAACUGAUGAUUCACACGCUGGACCCCCUGGGAAAUGGGAAGUUUAAGGAAAAGGCUGAGACUCUGACAAGCGUGGCUAGACGGAAAUCUGAGCCCAAAGCUCAGGACAAAGGUGAAGACAAUCAGAAGAAAACCGAUCAGCCCAAAGAACAAGAGGCUGCUCCAACCGCAGACAAAGAGAAGAAGGAGCAGCAAGAUGACAAGAAGGUACUCCCCAUCCAUGUGCUGAUGGUUUUCAAAAAGCCCAGAAGUCAGUCUUUGAUACCUGUCUAUGACGAUGUGCCGGCAGAGCAGAGGGAGUCGGGGGGCUCAGAAGAUUCUGGGAGUGAUGAGGAGGAUGAAGAGGAUGAAAGUGAUGAGUCCAGUGAAGAGGAGGAGGAGGAGGAGGAGGAAGAGGAGGAAGAAGAAGAGGAAAAAGAAGAUGAGCCUCUGUCGCUGCAGUGGCCUGACACUCGCAGUAAACAAGCCACCUACCUCUUCUUACUGCCCAUCGUCUUCCCUCUGUGGAUGACAGUUCCUGAUGUUCGCAGACAGAAAUCCAGGAAAUUCUUUGCCAUCACCUUCCUGGGCUCCAUCAUGUGGAUUGCUAUUUUUUCUUAUCUUAUGGUGUGGUGGGCUCAUCAGGUGGGAGAGACCAUUGGGAUCUCUGAGGAGAUCAUGGGCCUUACAAUCCUCGCUGCAGGGACUUCCAUCCCGGAUCUCAUCACGAGUGUGAUUGUGGCUCGCAAAGGCCUGGGGGACAUGGCAGUGUCCAGCUCAGUGGGCAGCAACAUCUUUGACAUCACUGUGGGUCUGCCUGUCCCCUGGCUGCUGUUCUCGGCCAUCCAUGGUUUCGGUCCAGUGGCUGUUAGCAGCAAUGGACUCUUCUGUGCCAUUGUGCUGCUCUUCCUCAUGCUGCUCUUCGUCAUCAUCUCCAUUGCCGCCUGUAACUGGAAGAUGAACAAGGUGCUGGGAUCCACUAUGUUUCUCCUGUACUUCUUCUUCCUGGUGGUCAGCGUUCUGCUGGAGGACCGAGUCAUUAUCUGCCCCGUUUCCGUCUGAAAACAGAAAGCGGAAGCCUUCUCUGAAGUAGACUGUCUGUGGUUUUGAACUGAAGCAGGACACCUUCAUAACGUACGGAUCUCAUGGUUGUGGACCUGGAAAAACUGGAUUGAUAGUCUCAUUAAGGCCUGAGACAAUGAAGUAUUUGAAAUAAUUUACCCUUCUAGUUUCAGCAGUUUUAAGAGGUGAUUAAAUGUUGGCACGUGUUUACAUUUUUUUAUGAGUGACUCUGUGUUGAGAUGCAAGUAAGAUACACAUUUAAUGGGCUGCAAUCUUAGGAUUUAUAGUCUGUUUAGACAACUUUUCAAAGAAGUAAAUGUUUCAUUUUUCAAAUAUUAUCAAGAUAUUGAGCUCUAUGUGUUGCUGAAACUAUCCAAAAGCUGCUUUGCAUCUUCUCCAGUGACAUUGCCAGCAGCAGUAGUUACAUUUUCUAAAACCAGAAAAGAUUUUCAGAAUAAAGGCAGCUUUCACAUUUAUUCUUCUUUUACCUAAAAGAAUAGAAGACCAAACAAUCCUUUUACAAAUUAAAACACACAAGCACACUUUUGAAUCGAAUAUCCAUUUCAUUUAAUACAUAGAAGCUUUCUUUUAUAUAGCUUCAGCUCAUUUUGGACAAAAGAGACUUAAACUUUGUAGAAGUAAUGUGUUUAUUCACAAACAAGGAAAAGUUGUACAUCCAAAUAGGGGAAGAAUUUAGAUUUAUUUUUUUAUGUAAAAACCAUACAAACUGGUAUUUGUGUUACAAAUGAUCAAUAACACUUUAGAAACGUUGUAUAUAAUUGAGAUGUAGUGUGACAAACACAGUAAUGUUUUGGUCAUUAGUAGUUUUCAGACACUUUGUUACAAGGUGGUUGGAAUGUAAUAUAAGUGAUGUCCUGUGAAAAGCACAUAAUCCAUAGAUUUUUUAAUAUAUACACAUAUAUAUGUUAUACCUAAUAAAUGGCAAAAGACAACAUUGAGACAGUGACUAAAAAGUGUUUUGGGGAGGAGAAAGCUUUUAUCUUUACACUUUUUUAUUGGGUACACGCCAUCUUUGAUUCAAACAUGACAACAGCAUUGAUGCAUGUUAGCUUAAACACAACAUCAGGAAACUUGCUGGAAUUAUGAGACAGUUAACAAAAUAAAAGCCUCAGGGAGUUCAUGAAUUGGGUAAACAUCUCAUUGAUGACGACAAAAAAGAAACUGUAAUGUGAAAUCAACUCACGAGUUCCAGUCCGUCUUGCUUUAAAGGUCCAGGCUUGUGGCAGUAUAGUAUCAUGAUAGAAGAUAUUUUCUUGGCAUUUUAAUCCUCCUAAAAACCAACCCAUCCCCCUUUAGUCUGCAUGAUUAAGGCAGUUCUAAUGAGAAAAGUUGGUCAGUGCAAACAAGGUGUACCUAAUAAAUUGGCAGAUAAAAGUGCAUUUCAUGUUUUAAAAACAGUGCAAAAACUCCCCUCUGCACUGUGAUUCGUUCAUAGAAACAGUCAUUAACAACAAGGGUUUUAAGCACAAGUCGUUUCCCGCUCUGUGUGCCACAUUAAAACAUUGCACAGUCGUCUAAAAAUCUAAAGUUGACUUUUACACCAAACAGUUAGGACCACGAAGGAAAAGUACAGAACAGCCUGUACAUAUUUAGAGACCUGUCACACUGUUAUACAACCCUGUUAUUAAAAAGAAAAAAAAGAAUUAAACUAAACCAUUUGUUCACUUUUAGUUUGAUUGUACUUGUUUUAAUGAACCGACUUAAACAAGUCGCUGUAAUAAAAGAUUAAAUAAAUCAGUUGUGAUGAAAGUUACUGAUAUUGUAAAAAGAAAGAAAUAAAAAGGAUAAAAAGUGUGCAAAUAUAUUAUUUGGAUGUUUUCUUGUGUUGAUCUGAUGCUACAAAGCAGUUAAAUAUGUGAGAACCGCUGUAAAGUCGGAGUUUCUUUUUGUUUAGAGUUGGAUUGAGUGUGACUUGAAGUCAGUCUGCAGCUCUUUCAAGCGUUACAUAAACUGUGGCUUUGGUUGAUGGACCAUUAGGUUAUGCAACUGAGAAAAAAAAAAAAAAAA